AUGAUACAACUCAAGACGCUGCUGAAUUGCAUCGACAAUUCCGGAGCAGCCAUUGUCGAGUGCAUUGCAGUAAUGAGAAAAAAGAGACAAGCUGCCAGAAUAGGUGACAGAAUCAUUGUCGUCGUUCAGAAGCAAAAUUCCUUUGGACCCGAAACCCCCGGCGGAACGAGCUUGGGUAUUGCGAACAAAGUGCGACGAGGUGACAUACGGCACGCAGUGGUGGUGAGAGCCAAAAAAGAAAUCAGGAGGAAAGAUGGAAGCCUAAUUAGAUUCGACGAUAAUGCGUGUGUUCUCAUCAACAAAAAUGGCGAUCCCAUCGGUACUAGAUUAUCGAGUAUCGUGGGAGCUGAGUUACGAGAUCGAAAGUGGUCCAAGAUCCUAUCUCUGGCGCCGAUGCACAUAUAA